CUGUUUCGGGGUUCGCGGCCGGUCCCGGCGCUAUGGGCAAGCUGCGCCGGCGCUACAAUGUCAAGGGGCGGCUGCAGGCCUGCCCCGGGCCCUCGAAGGGCUCCCCCGAGCCGCCCCCGGUGCGACUGGAGCUGGAGGACAAGGAUACGCUGAAGGGAGUGGAUGCCAGCAAUGCCCUGGUGCUUCCUGGCACACGCAAGAAGAAGGCACGAGCACCUCCGCCAUCCAAGAAGGAGAAGAAGCCACUGACCAAGAAAGAACGGAAGGUGUUGCAGAAGGUCCUAGAGCAGAAGGAGAAGAAGAGCCAGCGGGCACAGCUGCUACAGAAGCUGAGCGAGGUACAGGUUCCAGCCACGGAGCUGAAGCUCUUCUAUACAACAGCCCAGCUGGGCACUGGGCAGCGCAUGUACCACACCAAGGAUCCCCACAGGAAGCUGGAUGAGGCUUCUGCCCCAGGUCAGAAGGUCAGUAGCCUGAGUGGGAUGCACCGGAAGCGCCCCCUCUCUGAGUCGGAGUCAGAAGAGGAGGAGGAGGAGGAAGAGGAGGAAGAGGCUCAGCAGCAGCAGGAGAAGAGCUUGGCCAAGCCCGAAUUGGCCGAGACCCCGGCCCUUCAACAGACAGCAACAGAGUCCCUGCCCCCCAAGUCCAAGAGUCCCUUGCCUAGUGCAGCAGCUGCUUCCACCCAGGCCUGGCCCCCCUCAAAGCCGGCCGUCUUCAUUCCUGUGAACCGCACCCCAGAAAUGCAGGAAGAGCGGCUGAGGCUCCCAAUUCUGUCUGAGGAACAAGCGAUUAUGGAGGCAGUGGCUGAGCACCCUGUGGUGAUCGUGUGCGGGGAGACGGGCAGUGGCAAGACCACACAGGUGCCCCAGUUUCUCUACGAGGCCGGUUACAGCAGCGACAACAGCAUCAUCGGUGUUACGGAGCCCCGCCGAGUGGCUGCCGUGGCCAUGUCCCAGCGUGUGGCCAAGGAGAUGAAUUUGUCAUCACGCGUGGUCUCCUACCAGAUCCGCUACGAAGGCAACACCACCGAUGAGACCAGGAUCAAGUUCAUGACCGACGGCGUAUUGCUCAAGGAGAUCCAGAAGGAUUUUCUGCUGCGACGGUACAAGGUGGUCGUGAUCGAUGAGGCCCACGAGAGGAGUGUGUACACCGACAUUGUCAUUGGCCUCCUGUCCCGCAUCGUCACCCUUCGGGCUAAGAGGAACAUGCCACUCAAGCUGGUCAUCAUGUCGGCCACGUUGCGGGUGGAGGACUUCACACAGAACCGGCGUCUCUUUGCCCAGCCGCCCCCAGUCAUCAAGGUGGCCUCACGCCAGUUCCCGGUGACAGUGCACUUCAACAAGCGGACGCCCCUAGACGAUUACUGUGCUGAGGCCUUCCGAAAAGCGUGCAAGAUCCACCGGCUUCUGCCUGCAGGUGGCAUCCUGGUGUUCCUGACUGGACAAGCCGAGGUGCAUGCACUGUGCCGAAGGCUCCGGAAGGCCUUUCCCCACACCCUCUGCCGGGGCCCAGAAAAGGAUGAUGAGAAGGACUCUGCAGAGAGCAUGCGCAAGUUCAAGAAGUCCAGAGCGAGAGCCAGGAAGGCCCAGGCAGCGGCGCUGCCCCACAUCAGUCUGGACAGCUACUCGGUGCUGCCGGCAGGCGAAGGCGACGAGGACCGGGAGGCGGAGAUGGACGAGGAGGAGGAGGAUGAGGCACUGGGCUCCGACCUGGACCUGGACUUGGGGGACGGCGGGGAGGACUCAGGCGAACAGCCCGAUGCCUCGCUCCCACUGCAUGUGCUUCCUCUAUAUUCGCUGCUGGCCCCUGAGAAGCAGGCGCAGGUCUUCAGGCCUCCCCCCGAGGGCACACGGCUAUGCGUGGUGGCCACUAACGUAGCUGAGACCUCACUCACCAUCCCGGGCAUCAAGUACGUGGUGGACUGCGGGAAGGUCAAGACGCGCUACUAUGACCGCGUCACCGGCGUGUCGUCCUUCCGUGUCACCUGGGUGUCCCAGGCCUCUGCUGACCAGCGGGCUGGCCGCGCAGGCCGCACAGAGCCUGGCCACUGUUACAGGCUCUACUCCUCAGCAGUUUUUGGGGACUUUGAGCAGUUUCCUCCCCCUGAAAUCACCCGGAGGCCUGUGGAGGACUUGAUCCUGCAAAUGAAAGCACUCAACAUUGAGAAGGUCAUCAACUUCCCCUUUCCGACCCCGCCAUCGGUGGAGGCCCUGAUGGCGGCCGAGGAGCUACUGAUUGCACUGGGGGCCCUACAGGCUCCCCAGAAAGCUGCAAGGGCCAAGCAGCUUCAGAGCCUCCGGCUGAGCUGCCCCAUCACGGCACUGGGCCGCACCAUGGCCAGCUUUCCAGUGGCACCGCGCUAUGCCAAGAUGCUGGCUCUGAGCAGCCAACAUGGCUGCCUGCCCUACGCCAUCACCAUUGUGGCCGCGAUGACCGUCCGGGAGCUCUUCGAGGAGCUGGACAGACCUGCUGCCAGCGACGAAGAACUCGCCCAGCUGAAGGGCCGUCGGGCCCGGGUGUCCCAGAUGAAGCGGCUCUGGGCUGGCCAGGGCGCUUCCCUUAAGCUCGGUGACAUCAUGGUGCUUCUCGGGGCUGUGGGAGCCUGCGAGUUUGCCGGCUGCUCACCCCAAUUCUGCGAGGCCAACGGGCUGCGCUACAAGGCCAUGCUGGAGAUCCGACGCCUGCGUGGCCAGCUGACCACUGUGGUCAACUCCCUGUGUCCCGAGGCGAAGCUCUUUGUGGACCCCCAGAUGCAGCCGCCCUCCGAGAGCCAAGUGACCUUUCUGCGGCAGAUCGUGGUGGCCGGGAUGGGCGACCACCUGGCCCGCCGGGUGCAGAGCGAGGAGCUGGUAGACGAGGCGUGGAGGAACGCCUACAAGACCCCGCUCCUCGACGACCCCGUCUUCAUCCACCCCAGCUCCGUCCUCUUCCGUGAGCUGCCGGACUUCGUGGUGUACCAGGAAAUCGUGGAGACCACCAAGAUGUACAUGAAAGGCGUCUCAGCUGUGGAGGCCUCAUGGGUGCCAGUGCUGCUGCCUUCGUACUGCCAGUUUGACCCACCGCUCGAGCAGCCACCGCCCAACUACUGCCAGGAGCAGGGCCGGGUGCUCUGCCACCGAACCAGUGUGUUCUAUCGCAUCGGCUGGCCCCUUCCUGCCGUCCAGGUAGAGUUCCCAGAUGGCAUUGAUCGCUACAAGCACUUUGCCCGGUUCCUGCUGGAAGGGCAGGUAUUCUCCAAACUGGCCUCAUUCUGUGGCAGUCUCCUAUCCAGCCCUGGCACCAUGCUGAAGACCUGGGCCAGGCUGCAGCCCCGCACCGAACACCUCCUGCGGGCGCUGGUCGCCCGGAACGCGGACAACCGGGACGCGGUGCUUGCUGCCUGGGAGAAGGACCCCAAAUAUCUGUUGCCUGAGUACUGUGAGUGGCUACCACAGUCCUUGCACACCACUGUGGAGAAGGCUUGGCCCCCGCGCUGAUCUCUGACCCGAGCCUGGCCACAAACUGUUUCCAGGAGGCAUCGUGCCCUGGAUGCGAGUCCAGUUGGGCCCCACAUUCUGUUUUCUGGACUCAGGAGCCCUUUGGCAGCUGGGCUGAGGGGAGCGGAGGAGGACUGACUUGCAGCAUGUCCAUUCCCUGAGAGCACCCCCACAGCAGGGACUGAAAGGGGCAUCUCCUUCCCAGUGUCCAGCCAAGUCCCCGCGAUGGGGAGAGAUGUCCAUGGCCCCGGCCAUGGCUUAGAGCUGGACUCAGAGACUCCAGCCACUUCUCUCUGCCAAUUUCCCUGGAGUGAACUACAGCGGGGUGAGGGGGCUGAGCCCCUGGGCAGAGGUCACUGGGGGAAUAAAGUGCCCACCUUGA